GUAGCGCACCAACGCAGGUUAUUCCCGCUCGAUUGCCCUUUUGCUAUAUAUAUAUGUAUAUGUAUAUGUAUAUGUAUAUGCGUAAGACCUACAUUAGAGAAGAGACACUGCUAGCAAACCGCAUCUAAUUUUUUCUUCUUUCUUCUUGUUGACGGGACCGUAAGAGUUUACAAGGGUUUGGUAUUAAUAUUGGGUGCUCGUGCUACAAAAGAGAGAGAGCGAGCGAGAAAGAGAGGGCCGCGCGGCGAUAACCCAAUAAUUCGUUCGGCCGAUAAGUCCAUCUCUGCUUAUAAAACCACCCGCAGCCGCCGCAAUGGAUGCCGUGCGUCAUGGACUCGACCGUGGCUCGGUUCUCCGAGUGCCAGAGCCAGAACUGGAGCCAGAGCUGGAGCUAGAGCUUACGUACAGCCACGCGGAGCCCUCUUCCGCCCACAGAUGGUUCCGUGUUGUCGUCCAGGACAUAUCGCCGCUUGGGACGAGCCAUCGGGGACCAAGAGUGGUAGAACUCGCGCAAAAGUGGUGCGACCAUCGAGAUCGAGGUUGUCCGCACGACUGCGACUCGAAAAAAAGCUUAUGUGAUAGAUGCGAGAGAAACGAAUGUAGUGCAUUUCACGGUUAAAAAUGCCUAUGGUCUAUGCUUUUUGGUUUGUUUGUAUUUUUGGAAUGGAAACGGAGGAAACGGAGGAAACGGAGGAAACAAACAGAUCUAGAGCGGGGAGUUCUUGAUGGGUUGGUUGGACGGGCAUCUAUAAUAUUACCUCUUCUCAACUGUUUAUUCACGUUGAACGUUGGGGGAAUAAUAUGUAUGUGUAAAGGAAGCAGUGGCUUGGAGUGUGCGUGUUUUAUUUUUAUUUUUAUUUUUAU